AUGCCGGUGCCGGCACCCAUCUUGGGGACGGGACUGCCGCCCCAGUGCCAGUACCCGUUUUGGGGACUGCCACCCCGGCACCCGCCUUGGGGCCGUGGCACCGGCACCACAUCACACGUUUGGGGCACCGGCAACCCGUCUUCGGCACUGGAGCUGCUCUUGGUCACCGCAUCCGCCUUCGGUACCAUGUCCUGGCACUACGCCAGCCGCAACGGGCACCUGGGGGUCUGCCAGCUGCUGCUGCAGCGGGGCGCCCGCUGCGACGCCCGCACGCCCGGGGGUGCGACCCCCCUGCACCGCGCCAGCUACUGCGGCCACCUCGCCGUCGCCCAGCUCUUGCUGGCCCACGGCGCUGACCCAGCUGCCACCGACGAGGACGGCCGUACCAGCCUGCACAAGGCGGCUGAGCAAGGCCACCGGGAGCUCUGCGCCCUGUUCCUGCGGCACAGCCCGGCGUUGGCCAGCAUCUGCGACGCCAAGGGUCGGCGACCCCGCGACGUGGCCGACCCGGAGGUGCAGGACCUGUUGGAUACCUGAGGGGGACACGGCAGAGCCAGGAGAGUCAGAGCCACCGCGCCGCGGGAGACAUGGUGCCACCGGACCCGGUCGCCGAUGGAUAAACAAAGCUCCUGGCACCGAACGCCGACUCUGCCUCUCUGUCCCUUGCGCCGGGUGCCAGCGUGGGCCAGGGCUCACCCACCGGCGGGGGGGCUUGGCAGCAGUGGGGGGGCCACAGCACUAUUUUUCCACUGCCAGGAGGGAGGCACAGACACCCCACACUCUUGCAGUGGCUUUUAUUUCCUAAAAAAACCACUAAAAACGGGGAAAAUUGUGUUUUGUUGAACCAGAAAACGCUGCAGGACUCACACUGUGGUCACCAGCUCCCACCCCGGUGAGCACCGGGAGCGCCGAGGAGGCAGAAGGGCUUCGGCCCUGGCUCUCUGCUUCCCCCCGGGAUGCUUUGGGGUCGCCUGCAGCAGAGAAAACAGCAGCUGCUGAGCUCGUGGUGCCUGUGCCGGGGUGGCGGUUAGCCUCCGAGCUGGGGAAACGUGGCAAGACACAGUCGAGAGAGAGAUG